AUGAACCAGAUGAAACCAAUAAUUGCACAAAUAAUACUAAAGAUAGUGGAAACUACACUUCCAGCUGCACCGGCAAUAGCAGCAGCAAUAACUAAAACAACCCACAUAAUACAAUAUAUAAUUCCCCAAAUAAUGGCAUUUGCAGCAUGUGCUUUACAAUAUAUGUUAGUUUUUUCUAAAACAAAAACAAUAAUUCCUCCAAUAAGACAGAAGAAUUCAGCAAGAAAAGCCUCUACAAUAACAGGUAAUCCACAAGAUGUAGUUCCAGUUUCGGACAUAACUGAAAUUUUAAAGAUGAAACUUGUUUUUAUACAAGAUAAUCUAUUAAUAGUACCCCAUUGCAUAAUUUUUACAAUUUUUUAUUAAAACAAAUUUA